CAACCGCGCCCCUGAUUUGCCCGUGUCCACUCGCACCCUUGCAAGCGCCAUGUUCUUCCCUGGACGGAGCCGCUGCUAUCCCCAAAAGCGCCUCACCACCAGGCGCCGCUCCGAAGUCUAUUGUUUUCGAUUUGCACUUCGAGAAACGUCAACAGCGCCACCAAUACUCAAUUGUCAACAUGUCCGCUGCUGCAACGUCUGUCGAUGAACGUUUUGCCCGCUGCCUACCAAAGAUCGAAUUGCACGCACACCUGACUGGCAGCAUCAGCCGCGAGUGUCUGCACGACAUCUGGGAAACCCAAAAGGGCCAAGCUCCUGCGUUCGACGUCGAAGACCCUCUUAUUGCUAUCCCUUCUGACAAGGUCGACUACGACCUCGAGACUUUCUUUCCCUUGUUCUCAUCGUACAUCUACAAGCUGUGCAGCGAUCUCCCGAGCAUAGAAUACUCGACAAGGGCAGUGUUGCAAGACUUUCAAGUAGAUGGCGUGGUCUACCUAGAAUUGCGGACCACGCCUCGAGCCAUACGCGAGAAUGGCAUCACCAAAGAUGACUACGUCAGGACCGUUUUGAACAUCCUAAGUGCAUGGAAUAGCAAUGCCGCCAACACCUUACGGGCCUACCUAAUCCUGUCUGUUGACCGCCGCAACACCAUCGCCCAAGCCGAAGAAGUUGUCGACCUGUGCAUCAAGUACCAGUCAGCAGGCGUCGUAGGCAUUGAUCUCUGCGGUGACCCAGCCAAGGGCGAUGUUCGCAUCUUCACAGACACAUUUGCCAGAGCGAAAGCUGCAGGCUUGAACAUGACCCUGCACUUCGCCGAAGCAAAGGUAUCUGCGUCUGACAUGGAGUUGGAGACGCUGCUGUCAUGGAUGCCAAAUCGUUUAGGCCAUGUCAUCCACGUGAAAGAGGAGUACUGCAAAAUCAUCGAGCAAGAAAACAUUGGUGUUGAGCUGUGUCUGAGCUGCAAUGUCCACGCUAGGAUGAUCACCGGGACCUACAGCGACCACCACUUUGGCACGUGGAGACACACGAACGUUCCAGUGGCUCUCUCUACUGAUGAUGUCGGCGUCUUCUGUAGCCCUCUGUCAAAUGAAUACGAGCUCGCUGCGCAACACUUCGACCUCAGUCGUACUGAAAUACGAAAGCUCUGCGUGAGUGCUAUUGAAUCGAUAUUCACUGGUGAGGACGAGAAGACUCGUCUCCGGUCGAUCUACGCAGAGUGGGACGGCUGGACAGCUUAGAGCUUGC